AUGUCAUCCUUCGGCCGAUCCUUCACUUCUGCCUCACCCGUGAUGGCCCUCUCACCCCAACCCGCCCAUCAAGCGAGCUAUGGCAUGGAGUCGUACGCGCCCCAAGCCGCGCCUUUUGAUCAAACUGCUUCGUUCCAGCGCUUUGCCGCGCCCUCUGCAAUGUCGGCUGGAAGUCUACGAGUCGCUGGUCGCAAACGCUCACGCGAUGAGGCCGCCCCCAACCUCACAACGGACGACCCUGAGUCGCACUCCGAUCCUAAACAAUCCGAGGACGAAUGGGAAUAUGGUCCCGGCAUGGUUCUCAUCAAGAAAGGAGGCUACGUUGCGGAUGCCAGCAGCCAGUCCGGCACCUGGGUCGAGGAGAAAGCAGCGCUGGACAACGCCCGCAAAGUCAAGGAGUCCAUCACUCGUCUCCACGAGCAGCAACAACGUCCAUCUCUUCGCAGCAACAAGUCUCAACGCUUGACCCAGUGCGAUACGCGUAGUUCACAAGUGGUCGCCCAGCCACCAACCGUCUCCGCUUCCGAGACACACUCUCUUGACAACUCGGCACAACCCGUUGUCGACCAAUUUACCUUACAUCUUGGUAUUGGUUGGAGGCGUAUCAGCGAGGACCAGCACAUUCAAGCUGCGGCGCGCGGUUGGGCUCGAUACAUUGAGAACCAUUACCCGGUGUCGUCGGCUGUCAUUAGACUCGAAAGCAAGGGGCUUCAAUCAUAUCUCGUCGAGGCCUCAGAGGGCUUUUUCCUUUUUGCAGAGGACCUCCGCCAGGGUCGAUUUGUUAGCAAGGAUGCGGAAGGCGCCAUGAAGAACCUGAAGUGCUCGCCUCCGAUUUUCGACGCUCAGGACACUCUAUUCGCAACGGAGUUGCCGGCAGCAGCCGGCCCAAGCACGCUUGCACCUGAUAACGACAGCCACAUGGAGAUGUAA